CUUUGCUUCUUUUAUUUAUUUAUUUUAGAUAGAUCUUUCAUGACAAAGACAUUACCAAUUGAACAACAAGAUGGUUCCUCCAGUUUACCAACAAAUUCGAAUUCCCAAUACCCUGAGAGUCCACCUCCAGCAUACGGAGAACAAGAGCAAUCAGUAGUGAAUGAAAGCUAUGUUUCCGAUGUUCAAAACAAUCAGGAGCAAUUACCAUCAGAACAGCAACAAACAACGGCUUGUCAGCCAAAUGAACAACCUAUAAUGCGAAAUCGAACUCUACCCUUUUAUUCAUUUUUAAACAAUCAACCGUCGUCACCUAAAAAGCGUAUAUCAUCCUAUAUCUGUUGCAUUGUGUUUAUGAUGGUUAUUAUUAUGUUGACAAUUGCAACAGUUAAAGGAACAUACAGUAGUAUUUGUGAAUGUCAAACAAAUUACGAUUGCUUUGCUCUCUACGACUUAAAUUCAUAUUGUUCUCGUAGUUGUCAAUGCUUUAUUUACUAAACAAAGUAGCUUUAAUUAGCCAAAGUUUUGUAUAUUUGCAAUGGCAAUCCUAUAUAGUUCAUGUAUUCAAGCUUGAGGUGAUUUCUUUGUACUCUAUUUAUCACACACCAAGCCAAAUGUUUAUUGCUUCUAGUACGCAAGCAGCAACAUCCUCAGAUGCAUCGCCUAAUAAAGAUCUCAAUUACACAAACAGAGUUCUUUAUGAUAAAGGAUUCCGUAUGUAACAUGAAGAACCAAACUAUAGAUACUAAAGACAGAGACACCUUAUUUGAAAUAUCACGUUGUAUCACACAUAGUCUGACAUAAUCUCUAUCUAUUUGUUUCAAUAAAAGGUCCAUUAUUUUACCUUGUAAGAUUGCCAAGGC